ACUGUUCUCGUACUUCCCUCUUCUUCACUCUUCACAAGUUUCCAAACAUAGCCUUGGUGACUUUUAUAUAGUCGUUUUGCAUAAAGCUCUGGUCACUGCCCACAGGCCAUUUAAAUCUGUGUAGUUGGGUGACAUGGUUGUUUGACACAAUUCAGCUAAUGUGAUUGUUUGAUACAAGUUUAACAUGGACAACCCACGAUUUGAAAAUGGCGACUUUGUGCAGAGCCCACCUGUGGUUCCAGAUUUGAGAUAUGCGGAUGAUAGUGACAAUGUAUUUGACUCGAGGCCAACAGAAAUGAGAUCAUCGGGAAUUAUGUCAGCUAAUGCAUCUCCAAAGUUUGGACCAACAGAGAAUUCAUGGAAUAGUGGAGGUGCUUCACUGAUGGUGCCAAACUCCUCUCCCAAGAGAGCAAGUUCCAAUUUAUCAAGUCAUUCUCUCGUUGGGGAAGAAGAAGAAGUCUUGGUGUUUGUGGAACCCCCAAACAAAAAACUUUUUUGUCGAAUAUGUGAUCAAGUUUUUAGAGACCCGGUGAUUGUUGCAUGUGGGCACACCUACUGCAGACCAUGUGUACAAAAUCGAGUUGAUGGAACGUGUCCGGUGGAUGACCAGAAGCUGGUGGUGAUGGUGGCCAACAUUGCUGUGUCUGAGCAGAUAGGAGAACUGAUGAUUCACUGCAAGUACGGCUGCUCCUACGACGAAGCUUCUCACACGUACAUAGUGGACACGACAAGAUGUCCAGUGACAGUCAAGCUUCACACUCGCAAAGACCACGAGUUGGACUGCGACUACAUGCCAGUAGAAUGCCCCAAUAAUGCUGGUUGCCCCUUGUUACUUAAGAAAGACUUGGAGGAUCACUUGAGAUCUUGCAACAAUGUCAAUUGUCCUCAUCAGAGAUACAGCUGCGACUUCAUGGGGACACAGGAGGAAUUGGAGGAUCACCUGAAGGUCUGCAAGUUCGAGUCCAUGAAAGAUUUCUUGCAGCGCACUGACGAACGGAUAAAUGACAUGCAGAUGCACAUGAACCAGAAAGUUCAGGAAAUUGAAUUUCUGCGGUCCAUGCUGGGUCGUCUCUCAGAGAGGCUAGAGAAUAUGGAGAAGUCUGUGGACAUGAAGUUGGGUGUGGUCGAGCAUAACCAGAACAAAAUCAUGGAGGAAAUCAUUGACAAUCAAAGAGAUAUCUCAGCCAUGACAGAAGAAAUCGGACAAAUCAAUAACAGAAUCAACCUUGGAGCUACAGCUGGAGCUUAUGAUCCUAUCUCCAUAUUCAAGUGCAAAGGAACAUUUGUUGGCCACUUGGGGCCAGUUUGGUGCCUCUGUGCAAGUGGAGAUUUCUUGUUCAGUGGUUCUACUGACAAAACCAUUAAGGUGUGGGACACCAGCUCCAACUACAAGUGUGUCAAGACCAUGGAGGGUCACAGUGGCAUUGUGCUGGCCCUGUGUACCUGGGGGAACAAACUCUUCAGUGGAUCUCAAGACUGUAACAUCAUUGUUUGGAAUAUGGACACUUAUGAAAGCUCCCAUCUGAUCAAGGCCCAUGACAAUCCUGUGUGCACGUUAGUGGCUGCCAAGAACAUGCUGUUCAGCGGCUCACUGAAGGUCAUCCGGGUAUACGACGUCCACACCUAUGAGCUGAAGCAAGAGCUGACCGGCCUGAACCACUGGGUGCGGGCAUUGGCGGCCACACAGGACUACUUGUUUAGCGGCUCCUACCAGACGGUCAAGGUGUGGGACAUCAACAGUCUGACCUGCCUGCGUGACCUUGAGACUUCUGGCGGCAGCGUCUACAGCAUCGCCAUCACCAACCACCACAUCGUCUGUGGCACCUACGAGAACUGCAUACACGUGUGGGAGCUGAGCAGUUUCAAGCAGCUGGAGACCCUGAUGGGCCACUCGGGCACGGUCUACGCCCUGGCCGUCCUCCACACGGCGUACGGCACAAAGGUCUUCAGCGCCUCCUACGACCGCUCCUUACGGGUGUGGAGCAUGGACAACAUGAUCUGUACCCAGACCCUGGUCCGUCACCAGGGCAGUGUAGCGUGCCUGGCCGUCAGUAGAGGAAGGAUAUUUUCCGGCGCUGUAGACAGUACAGUCAAGGUCUGGCAGUAACUGAUGGAGGAAGAUACACACCACAGUGAAAAGUGUUCUUUGGUUCCCCACUUUAGCAGCAUGUGUGUGUGUGUGUUUGUGUGUGUGUGUGUGUGUUUCUGUCUGUGUUUGUGUGUUUAUACGUA